GGCAGCCGAGAAUGAACAGAGAGGCAGCAUUUUGACAGAGAGGCCACCGAUAUGCAUCUACACCGUGAUACUUUCUACUCAACGCGCCCUGGGGCAGCAGUGUCCGGCGGACCGCCGCAUAGAAGGGUUCACGUGUGGCGGCGGUCUAGGCUCCACGGAGUGCCCGAGUGGUUCCCAGUGUCUGAUUAACCCAGGUGGAGGCCCCCGGUACUGUUGUUGGGAAGAGUCGUCCCCUACGCAAGCACCUUGCGAAGACCCACUGGUAAAUAAUGGUGUCUUCACACAGUGCACGCCGGGUCAGGACAGCACGUGCCCUGGGUCGUGUCACAGGUGCGAGGCGCUCGGGUCACGGGGAAUGAACAUGGGACUUUGCUGUCCGCAGGUGUCAAGACCCGGAUGUGAGAACAGCAGCCCGGCUCAAGUAGCGUUUGAAGAAGCUCGGCGAAGAAUCCUCGGUAGUCGUGGCGGAACCAGCUCCCAGGGAGGCGACUUUGGCUCGCAAAGUUCAAUGGAUACGAGUGGGUUCCAAAGCGGAACAGAUAUGCCGGGCUCGCAAAGUUCAUUCGAUACGAGAGGGCUCCAACGCGGAACGGAUAUGUCGGGCUCGCAAGAUUCAUUCGAUACGAGAGGGUUCCAACGCGGAACGGAUAUGCCGGCUUCGCAAGGAUCCUUCGAUACGAGAGGGUUCCAAGGAGCUCCGGAUAUGAUGGACCCGCAGGAUUCUCGAGAUAUGCGAGGGUUCUCGAGAGCUCCGGAUAUGCAGAGGCAGCAGAUGUCGGCUUUUCCGAGCCAACCUAGAACACCCGAAGUGCCGAUGCGCCCAAUGAGUCCCUGCGGCGGUGUCCCACCGACCGGAUAUUGCGUCAUGGCUCCAUUCCCGCGAUGUCCCGUUGCACAGCGGUGCGUGGGUGUAGGGUUCGGACGCGGGGUCUGCUGUCCAUUGGCGCCGAUGAUGGGUAUGCCCCCGGGUAUGCCGCCCUUUAUACCAAGGAUGUCGCCCAUAGGUCCAAGAGACCGAUGUCCCCGUAACGCCCCCUGUGUAAGGCGCGGACGUCACGAGUGCUACACGGACACGGACUGCCCUGCCCCUCUCGCUUGCUGUCACAUAGGAGACGGUUGUCAACGACGCUGUCUCCCAUCACCAUAGCAACCCAACUAGCACUUUUUAAUGGGUUAUUUUUCAACAAUCUGAUAUUAUUCGAUAUUUUAUCCAUAAAAUCGCAAAGGAAACUUCA